AUGUUUACAUUUAAAAUUGAUUUGAACAAUUAUGGACGUGCAUUGGCACGGAAUUAUCAUAAAAUUACCCAAGCAAUUGUUCUUGCUGCGGCCGACGCCUUCGGGACCGUUUACAACUUCUUGGUCUGGGACUUUGGCUAUCUAUGGAAAGCAACAGCAACAGCAGCAGCAGCAGCGAAGUCUGCUGGAGAUGGUGAGCAGGAUAAAGUCGCCCUUUCGGAUUUGGUGGAGGAACUGAACAACCUAAGACAGGACCUCACGUUAAAGGAUGGAUUCAAAAGAGACAACAACAGACACGAUGUCAGGACCUCAACCUGGCUCGAACCCCCGAGAAGAGACAAGGAAGGACUGACAUCUGUUAUGGAGGAGAUCGUUCUCAACAUCUUGAAGGCGCUAGGAGAGGACUCUCUUGAUAAGAUUCAAGAGAAGCUUGAUGAAAUAAUCAAAGAAAGACAGGCGUUAAGAAGAGACAAAAAACGAUGGGAUAAACAAGCAUUCCAAAUCUUAAAGCUGGAACGCGAGCAGCGAAAGGAAAAACGAAGGAUAAGAAAGGAAAAAAACAAAUUGGAAAAGCAAAAGGAGAAGGAGAGGGUACAAGAGAAGAACCCUGAUUCUGAAUGGGUCUCCAACGCAGCGAGGGACUUAAAAUUGAAGCAAAAGGAGAUCAAAGCGCGCAGGAAGGCUGAGCAGAAGGAGAGGAAACGAGCUAUUAAAUCUCGUGUAUUUCGAGCCUGGAAUGAAAUGCAGGCUCAAAAGCGUGCUGAGAAGGAAUGGAGAGAACUAGAACUCCUUCCCAUAAUACAAUUAGAAGAGGAGUUGAGGAAAAAUCACCGAGACUGGCAAAGGAAAUUUAAACAAGACUUCAAGCAGCAAGAGAAGGAGAUAAGGGCUCAGAGGAAGGCUGAGCGAGCCCAAAUAAGAAAAGAAUUUAGAUCGAAGAUAAUACAGGAAGAAUUGGAGAGGGAGGCGAGACGAAAGUCUGCUAGGGAGAGGAGAAAGCAAGCCUUGAAAGAGAUAUUAAAAAAGAAGAUAAAACCAGCAAGGAAGAAUAGCAAAGAAGUCUCCCAGGUGUCCAUAAGCUCGGAAGAAGAAUUCGAGAAAAGCGUAAAGGGUUUGCCCAUAAGGGAGUAUGCCAGCCACCUCCUUAGAGAGCCCAGGCUGUUCCGUUUGCUCUUCAGACGAAUUAGGAGUAAUGCUAAGCGAGGCAAACCUAUUACAGAGUCACAGGUGAAAUCUGAGAUUAAGAGAAGUCAAGGGACGGAGGGAGAAAGAUCAGAGCUUAGGCUUGUACAGAUGGGGAACAAGUGGCAGCUAUGGAGGAAGGUGGUAAGGACAGAUGGCAGGAAAGAGGACAAAGACUUUGAGAGACAGCAGCAGCUCAGAGGAAGGAGGACGAGAGGGCCACGGGUGCACUAG